AUGGAUAAAUUGUUGACCUAUUGCGGUCAUACAGUGGACAGUCUGGUCUAUUAUGGGCACCAGUAUUGGAUCGAUGCGGCCGAUCCCCGGACUAAACACUUUCCAAUGGUAGAGGGUGGCAUAUGGAAAAUCCUAUUGAUUAUGGGCUGCUAUUUACUAUUGAUUAAAAAACUAUUACCCGACUAUAUGCGCGACCGUAAACCCUAUCAGCUAAGGGUACCCAUACUGGCCUUCAAUACACUGAUGGUUGCAAUCAAUGGAUACUUUUUCUACGAAAUUGUAACAAAUCUUGAAUACGGUAUACGAUUCCUGGAUUUUCGUUAUCCCGAUCGCCACGAUUUUAGCGAUAAAACAUUGCGUGAAUUGAACCUGGGUUGGUGGGGUUGGAUAUCCCGGUUCCUCGAUAUGCUGGAUACAGUGUUUUUUGUAUUACGCAAAAAAGACAACCAGGUCACAUUUCUACAUGUCUAUCAUCAUACGGCUGUACCGUUUUUAGGUUGGUUUUCAAUGAAAAUUAAUCCAUUGGCGCCAAUCAUCGGACUGUUUGGACUGUUCAACACUGCCAUACAUGUGCUGAUGUACUCGUAUUACUCCCUGUCCUCGUUUGGUCCACGUAUGCGACCAUAUUUAUGGUGGAAAAAAUAUAUAACCCAGCUACAAUUGCUACAGUUUCUCAUAUGCGGAUCCUAUGGUUGCGUAUUGUUUUGCCUGCAAACUGGAUAUCCGGCGGUUUGGUUCUGGGUUUGCGUUGGACAAAAUCCCUUAUUUUUCUACUUAUUCAACGAUUUUUAUAGAAAAUCCUAUAAAAAGAUGAAUAAUAAUGAUUACAUGUGCUACUUAUAG